AUGCCGCCUCCGGCUUUAGGAGCCGAAAUCCCGAUCGGUUCGACAACCAUAUCUCUGGGGGGGAUUAUUGGUAUUGCCAUUGGUGGUGCCGUCGUAUUUAUUGUGAUUGGAGUUACAGCAGUUACAUAUGUUAAACGAAACCACCAAAAUGCAGUCAAACUCCGGGAGAGCGAAGCUGGAGACGACAAGGAAACGAGCUUGGCUGCUCGAGCAAAUUCAUCGCCAUAUUCCCUUCCUCUUUUCGCGACUCCUUACCAUUAUCUACCGCCUAGGAAUGCCCCUCGACGACGUAGCACGCUCGUACACACAAGCUUUAUCGAUGAGGAUGAAGAUGAGGAGGAUGAUAACAUAGUCAGGCCAGGCACGAAAAGAUCAUCAGGACCGAAAAGCCUUUUUCAAAAACGGAGAUCUAGCAUUAGAGAUUCUUGGCCAUUGGCAUCUAGAGUUCAAACUACCACAGCAACACUUACACGUGUUCAAUCAGAGAAAAAUAUACGAAUCAAUUGUGUCGCCCCUCCAGGAUAUGUUCUCUCCGAGCCGCAACGUCCGAAGACAACAUUUUCUAGGAAGUCUCCUAUCAAAAAUUCAGAUUCAGUGGAGGAUAUCACAAUUGUUGAUGGAGAACCAAGAAUGAGGCAGAGCAGGCACCGAUCAAACUCAGAGAACCAAUUAUCUUCGAUUCUGAAGUCGACAUCUCAACGUCUAAGAGACACCCACAGACAAUCUGUAAGGAAAAGUUGGAACAAUCUUGGCAAAUUUCCAGGAUCUCCUCCCAAACAGAGGUUACCGAGCCCACCAUUGAACAAAGCCACAGAAAGCAGGGAGGUUUUACUCGCUCCUGAAUGUUCUACGCCAGACUACGACUCCCUUCAGGAAUUACAGUCACCACGUACUCCAAGCCCAGGAAAAAGAGUUCCAAGAGCUGCUAGUAGAGCGUUUAAAAAAAGAGGGCGAUCGCCAACGCCUUCUAGAGAAUCCGAUGACAGCCUUUGCGGAAUCGAUACCCCCGAUCUUGUCAUUCCAGCACAGCUUACAUCGCCAAGCAAAAGUGGGCGAAGGCUUGAACAGCGACAUCGAAUGAAUCUCUCUCCCACGAAAGGUUCUGCUAGUGCAGUGAAAACACACUUUGCCCCGAAAUCAUCAGUCAUAAGUGAUCCUUUCUUCUCCUCCAUGAAGAGCGCAAAACUUACUCCAUCAACUACAAUAUACGGACCGCAGCCUCGUUACGUGAGAAAGGCUACUUUUGGACAAGAAGAAAUAAAGGAAGGGCUAGAGAAUCAUGGACAUUUACCCUUGAAAAACAUUUCAGGAAAUCAUUUGGGGCCGCUGCUUAAAGAACCUCGACGUCCACCUCAAGUGUCAGAGCUCAAUCCGUUUCAAUGGUCACCCAAAGAGGCUAUACAGUCUCGACGUAUGCCAGCAAGUCCCAACAAGGUUAUGUCAAAAAGGAAAGGUCAUAAACGAUCCAAUGUUGUCAGAAUUUCUGGCUUGUCCAGACCCACAAGCGUUAGUGUUGUUCAUGAAGAGUCAGAAGGUAACUCCCCUGGCAUGACAACAAUAAUAUCUCGUCCAACUCUUCGUGUAGUAGAGCCAAGUCCUUCAUGUACUUCACUCGCUAGUCGACAAUCUAGUGCGCUUGUGCCACGGCCACCAUUUGUGUCUACUUUCAACCCAAGCAUUUCCGUACCGUCUUUAAAGCCAGAGCCGCGGCAGGUAUCUUUGAUUAAUGAUGAAUCCAAAACACAACCUCCUCUGAAGAUCGAUCCUACCUUCAAUAUUCCACCACUUAAGCCCGUGGAGAGACAUACAGCUCCAGAAUCAGAGGAGUACUCUCCCACGCCACCUUCGUCAAAAGUCAAUCCACUUCUAAAUUUUCCAUCCCUGAAGCCAGUAGAACGACCACCAAGCCCCAAACGAGUAUCUUUCUGUGAAAUACCCAGCACCAGAUCAUCUAGCCCCACUCGCCUAUCUCAAUCAUUCACGAACACUGCCAAUAAUGCACUAGCCCUAGGUCUCAGACCCCUGUCUCGCGUCAAGGCUCCAUCACCUUUAACCCUUUCAUCAGUCUCUUUGCCAGCUCCUCCACUUCUUAGCGAUCCUCUCCCGAUUCCUGCUCACCUCACUGGACCUCGCCCGGAGGCCCACAAAUCGGCCUCAUAUAGCUCUGCGAUGACUUCUUUCACAUACAAUACACCGAACUCCACGCAUGAUUCAAUCGCCACAAGCAUUAGUCUCUUGCGUCGAAUGAAUUCGGAGAUAUCUUGUACUAGUGGCGGAGACACCGAUUCUUCUCCCAUGGUGCCUGGAAUCGGUCUGGAUUGGGGUGAUCGUCGCCGCAUGAGCCGUGCAUCUCGUUUCUACCUCUCGAUUGGCUCACCCAUCGAUGGUGCACCUGUUCCAAACCAUCGAUCUUCUCUCAGCAUGCUCUAUCCAAACUCUUAUUCUGCAUAUUCUAGCUCUUAUUUCCCGCAAGGCAAUGAUUCAAGUACCAGUAUCAAUAGCAUUGGGGAAAGGCGGCAAUCUAGGAGUGAUUUAAUGGAUCCCAAUUACGGGAAUUUGCAAGAGAUACUCGAGGAUAUCAACGCCAGUCGUACGGGCAGUAGAGGCGAAAGCACUAGGGGAAGUAGUCCGGUGGCAAUGGGAAGGCAUGGGUUAAAUGUCAAGAAGAAAUUAUCACUGACAAAUUUUACUGUUCUUCCUGAUGGAGGAGUCGGUUAUAUGAUGGAUUACCAGGAGGGAGACGAGCAAGUUAUUGAACCCUUAUCGCUGUCAAAAUCAAGCGCAAACAUGGAAAAAGAAGCAAAACCCAGCAAAGAAAAAGAAACGCGAUGGUCCGACGCAAUGAUCAAACCACUCACGAAAACCACUCGUCGAGAGAGUAAAAUGGAACAUCCAAGUCCACAAACACCACCAAAGUGGGGCUGGAGUCAAGCUAUAACUGUGGAAAAAGAGAGACUGAGUGGAAGUCCAACGAGAGAUAAAGAGAAUGCGUUAGAUAAUGAGUGGGAUAAAGGGAGAGAUAGCCCAGAGAGUCUAGGAUUAGGGGAAGAGCGAGAGGAGCGACAGUUACUGGGUUAA